GCGCGUGCGCAGUUGCCUGCAGACCCGGAAGUGAAUUGAGUUGAGCGAGAAACGCUCGAGCGAGUGAAUUUUGGAUAUUCUGUUUCAGACCCGUGCUUCGCGGCCCCACAGCCUCCAGUCUUCCACACCGGGGUUCUGUGGAGGUUACUACUGCAGUCCUUGCCUUCCCGCCCACCGUGAGUCCCGGCAGCCCCGGGUCGCGGCGUCCGCGUCCGCUUACAGCCCCUCGAUUGGUGGAGACCGCCGCUUCGGAUGCUUCCCUGUGCUUCCAUUGCUCCGUCCAAGAUCCAGGAAGGUGGGGGGCCUCUGUUCUGUGCGGCGUUGGGUCAGGGCCACUGCAGCUACAGAACGCAUGGGCUUCCCAGCAGGGCAGUAAGCCGUGAAGAAAAGCGGGGAGACCGACUCAUGGCUCGUCUCUGUGUCCAUGAGCCCCUCGGGGGGCAGCGAGCGGCAGAGGACUGUCUUCUUAACGUGUUGAGAUCCUCCCUCUGUGUGUGGUUGUGUCCCAGGAAAGAGGCAUAGUUCAUUCGAGGCAUUGAACAGCCUGUUUUCAGCACUCAAGGUCCAUUGUCAAGACUGAUCUUAUCCGAGAAAUAAGCCCAGAGGAAGAGGAGGCAGAAAUGACUCGUUCCCAGGUCCUGUUGACCUUCAGGGAUGUGGCCAUAGAAUUUUCUCUGGAGGAGUGGCAAUGCCUGGACCCUACUCAGAGGGCCUUGUACAGGGAUGUAAUGUUGGAGAACUAUAGGAACCUGGUCUCCCUGGGUGAGGAUGAUGUCCCUCCAAAUGUUGGCAUCUGCCCUAGUGAGUUUCUUGGGAGCCCCUGCCUUGCUAGACUGUGACUGAAGCUGUAUUGACUCUAAAUUGAAAGCUUGAGGUGGCUUCUGGACUUUCAUCUCCUCCUCUGUUCAAAUGAUUUGCCCACUCCUCACUAGAUUAGUGUUACUUAUACCACCUGUGUCAUCACAAAACCUUGUAGCAAAAUUUUAAGAUACUGGAUUCCCUGGUUUUACUCCCAUGCUUUUGAGUCCGUAAUUCUCAGAAGAGAAGUAGAUGUCCAUGUAUGUAAAAGAUUUGUUAAGCCAGUCAGUGGAUGAUAUUAGUGUAGACCCAUCUGUAACAUCUCUCCUCAGCUGAACAAAGGCCUAGGAUUAUAUUCUGGAAAAGUCCCAACACAUAACUUUCCUUAAGCAGAAAUCUCUCUGACCUGAAUAUUAUCUCCAUUUUAGGGCAAGGAUCAGGGCCCAGGGCUGUGGAGGGCAAAUUGAAAAUAGUAGGUGGGACUAUAUCAAAGAUGUGAACACUGGUAACAGCUGAGAUGGUCAGAGAUGAAACUCCUUUGUCAAAUAUUGCUUGGGAAACUCUCCAAAGAGGAGAGGUCUGUGGGAAAAGAAAAGUACCUGUGAGCACUCAAAAGAAAUCUCCCCCAUUACUCUGCUCUGCAGACAUGCAGAAACAUAUCCUCCAACCCCCGAGUGGCAUUCCAGCUGAUGCAGAGACAAAGGCAGUCUUUAUCAUGACCUGCAACACUAUUAUCUGGCUGCUCUGACCUUUUUGGUGCCUUGGCUUUGAGAGGAAUGAGAGGGCUGUUUCAUAGCGGUCCUCUUUCCCUCUGGUCUCUCCUUUCAUACUUGAUUCCAUGUUUCCAACUGAUCCAUCAGUUCUUCCAUAGUCCUGACUCCAGGACCUCUGCUGAUUUUCUCCUCAGUUCCUGUGUUUGGGAGACCUUCUUAGGAGAUAGGAAGGCAUUGGGUGCUCCUCUAUUGCAUUUGGGGCCUGAAGGUUGCAUGUGACUGUCUCGAGGCCUCAUAGCCAUUUUGUCAUGCCUGCUUUUGCCACAUAUGGAGUAUAACGAGGCAAUGGGUGGAUCUUCUGAGACUAUUAGUCAGCAGUACUAUACAGACAAUGGACAGAGAGAUUGUCUCUUUGAAACCCAGUUCUACAUGGGAAACAUGUCUUAGUUUUCUCAAAGACCGUGAAAAAUCUUAACCACCUUGCUUUACUUCUUUUAUAUUACAUUAUUCUCCUUCCUGCACUCUGCCUAGGCUAGGGAUGCAGACAAAACUUGGCUCUUCCAGAUUUUGUAUUUUCCUAAGUUUUUGCAAUUUUGCUUGUGAAACAUGUUUUCCUAGGGUCUGAGAUAUCCUUUUUCUGCUGCGAUAACCCACUUCUAGAAGAUAGAAAACUUCUGGUAGACUAACCCAUGGAGAGGGUUUAUUAGGUAAACCGCUGAACUACCCAGGGAUCCCCCUAGGUUUUUUGAACAAAAUUUUUGAAGAACACUUUGAUUAAUGCAUUACAGUGCUGUCCUGCUAUUUAACAGAUGUGCCCAUUUAAGCCACUGAGUAGAGCAGUCAUCAAGUCCUAGGGAUGCGGAAAUAGAAGGUAUCAGGAGAUUCUGACUGAUAAGUGAUUGAUAAGUAGUUAUCUUUUUGCUCUUUGUGGGGUGUCACAGUGUCUCCCAAGGGUACUGUGGCAAUGUUGAUCAACUAUCUAAUGAUCAUUGCCUUUGAGCUAGCAAUCAAAGAUAUAUGAACUUAUGCCAAGGAGAACAUUGUCACAACCGUUUAUCUCUGAGGCUUUGACCAAACUAUGGUUCAUGCCAAACUGUUCCACUGCAUGCAACACUGUUCAGUUUCCUAUAAACAAAUAUAACUGUGAUGCGUCUUGAGGGAACUUAUGAAGUUAAAUGAAGCCUUCUUUUUUUUUUUAAUU